ACAGAACAGAUUUUUUGACAGACAAAAGCACCGCUGUAGAAAAGUCAACAAAACUGCAGCGCUUAUCUACCACAUCUGAGUCUGCUGCAGCUGCUUACUGAGCAAGGAGGAGUUAGCUGGCUUUGGAAUCGGGCACAGUCACACCCAUAUAGAAAAGCGAGCAGUUCCAGUACUGUUUUCUGCUUAGUGUUUCCAGCACAGCGGUGGAGAGGAUUUAUUAUAAUGUAAAAUACAGACCAUUUACAUUUCAAGCCAAUAACAUUCUGAUUGGAUCUUAAUAGACGCUUCAGAAGAAACUGCUUUUAUCGAUACUAGACUGUACUUUAUGGUAUAAUCCUACAAAGUAAGGCGAAGGACAACAGCCCUAGGAGCACCAUGUCUGUUAAGCAGGACAGAGCCCAGAAGAAAUGGGCGUCCCUGAAGAAAAAGCUCAGCCGACCGGAUAUGGAGGACCAGGCCGAAGCCAACUUGGAGAACUCCGACCCCGAGCUCUGUAUCCGCCUGCUGCAGGUGCCCAGCGUGGUCAAUUACUCUGGGCUGAAGAAGAGGUUAGAAGGCAGCGACCACUCCUGGAUGGUCCAGUUCCUGGAGCUGAGCGGCCUGGACUUGCUGCUGGAGGCCCUGGACCGGCUCUCUGGAAGGGGGUGCUCGCGGAUCUCUGACGCCCUGCUCCAGCUCACCUGUGUCAGCUGCGUGCGAGCCGUCAUGAACUCCCCUCGUGGCAUCGAGUUCAUAGUGGAGAAUGAGGGCUACGUCCGCAAACUGUCGAAAGCUUUGGACACAUCGAACCUGAUGGUGAAGAAGCAGGUGUUUGAGUUGCUGGCUGCCCUCUGCAUGUAUUCCACUGAAGGAUACAGCCUGUCCUUGGAUGCUUUAGAACAUUACAAGAUUGUAAAAAGCCAGCUGUAUCGCUUCAGCAUGAUCAUGAACGAACUCCAGUCCACUGACAACGUGCCCUACAUGGUGACUCUGCUGAGCUUCAUCAACGCUCUCAUCCUGGGAGCAGAAGACCUGCGAUUCCGGGAUAAGCUCAGAAAUGAAUUCAUAGGGUUACAGUUACUGGACUUGCUACCAAAUUUAAGGUAA